GCGUGGAAGAAUCUGACAUAUGAUUGAACAAAUCCCAAAUCAAAAAUUCUCCAGAUGCCAAAGCCUAGCUAGUGAAUCACUUCUUUCUCUUACUUUGAACUUGUUAACCACACUAGAAUCUCGCACUUUCUAGUUAAAAUUUGCUACUGCAUGAUCGAUCAAUCUUCAAGUUAAUGGCGGAUGAGGUGGUGCUGCUGGGAUUCUUACCGAGCCCAUUUGCGGCGAGGUUGAAGAUUGCUUUGGCUGAGAAGGGGGUCGAGUAUGAGUACAAGGAGGAGGACUUGAGGAGCAAGAGUCCACUACUUGUGCAGAUGAACCCGGUUCACAUGAAGGUUCCGGUUCUCAUUCACAAUGGCAAACCGGUCUGCGAGUCCCUCAUUGCGCUGCAGUACAUCGAUGAGGUUUGGAAAGAUAAAGCUCCACUGUUGCCCUCCGAUCCUGGCCUUCGAGCCCAAGCCAUGUUCUGGGCAGACUUCAUUGACAAGAAGGAGAAGGUAUGGGCAGCCAAAGAAGAAGAACAUGAGGCAGCGAAGGAGUUUUUUUAUUGCAUUGGGGUGUUAGAAGGAGAGCUCGGAGACAAAGCUUUCUUUGGGGGUGAUACUCUUGGGUUUGUGGAUGUGGCAGUUAUACCAUUCUAUAGCUGGCUUUCUGUGUUUGAAAAAUAUGGAAAUUGCAGUGUAGAAAACUCGCAUCCAAAGUUCACUGCCUGGACUAAGAGGUGCAUGGAGAAGGAGAGUGUCUCCAAGUCUCUUCCUGAUCAGCAACUGGUCUAUGACUUCAAACUUGGGGGCAUAAUAAAGUUACCAAUCCAUCAAGACCUGUAACCGGCCAGUUAAGCAGGUUGAAAGCCUUUUGGGUACAUUGUAUUUAUCUACAACCAAACCACACUUGACCAGACCCUUGUAUUAUCAAAGCUUUCGGUAGUAAAGUUCUCUUACUCCUCUUGUAUUAUAUUUAUUGUUUGUUUAUGACUUUAUGUCAUCAGAUUGGAAGACUUAUUUUACCCACUUCCUGCCCAAGAAUUUUACGCAAAAGAAAUAUAUAAAAUAUAGAUUUGAUGCCAAGAGCAGUGACGUAACCGCAGCUGAUUGGAAAAAUCCUAAUUCCAGAAUAUAUGUAGAAAUGGAA